UAUACUUUGGUUCGCGUGGUUUUGCCAGGAGUAAUUUCUUAAGUUUUUUCUGUGAAAUUAAAACAAAAAAUCAUACAAUUUAUUAAAAAUCAUUGAAUAAGUCCACAACGAAAAGAUGGCGUUAAUAAGAAACUUUCAAUACAUCAAAUUUACUUGAAAAUUUGUGAAGAAAAGUUUUUACACAAACUAAAAAAAAUUCCUAAGGACAGUGUGCAAAAGUGCGAUAAAAGUGAAAAAAGGGAGAGAAGAAGAAGCAGUAGUAGAAAAAAGCAACGAAAAGUUGAGAAUAUACAAGAAAGUAAAUUCACCACGACUACUGGGUAAUCAGCGUCAAAUAAGAAACGUAAAUUAUUGACAUUUAUAUUAUAACAUUGACAUUUGCAUUUUUAUAUGUCAAAUCAAAGCUAAAAAGGAAAGCAAAAAAAUACACGAGCGGUAGUGAGAAGGAAAAAAAGUUAACUUUUCGUAAUGAGGCAAAAUUUCUAAUCAAAAAAGGGAAUAUUUCCCAUGUGUUAAAAAUAAAACAAAAUAGCUAAAUAACAUCAAAAGACUUGCAAUUCUAUUAAGUCCACAAAAAAUUGCCAAAAACAUUAAUGAUUUCUGAAAUUUGUGCAAUUUUCUAUACAGCAAAUUGCGAAUUUUCUUCGUCAUAAUCGUUAAAGUCGGGUCUGCCUUAAUACAUUUUUACACACUUCUUUUCAACAUCUAUCUUUUUUUCAUCAUUUUAAUAUUUCGCCUGAAAGUUUAUUAUUUGAGAAAAAGAAAGAAAGAAAAAAUGUACGAAGAAGAAUAAGCGAGAAAAGCAAAUGAAUAAAAAAUAGCAAACCUACUACAUACUACACAUCUUUUGACUGAAUUGAAUUUUUUCAAAGAAUCUAAACUCGAAUAUAAUAAAAUAGAAAAAAAUUAAUUCAAAUUGCAAUUAACUGAAAUAUAAAAACAACAACAAUAUUAAUAAAAAUAUUUGAGAAAAAAUACUAAAUAAAAGUGUUGCAAAUAAAAAAAAAGCAAAAAAGACAGACAUACAAAAAGGCUGUGCAAAAAAAGUAUCUGAAAGUCAGAAUUUCAUCAAACAAGUUGCAAUUUUUUAUUUUAUCUAUAAAAUGGCCUUUAGAAAUGUCUAGCAAUUGUUUGUAAUUUAUAAAAAAAAAAUCAAAAACAUUAAAUACCUAUAAAAUAAUUUGGUAGCUGAAUUGCUAAGAACAAGAAAAAAAUAAGGAUCAUUUGGAUGAUUAAUUUCAUAGUUUUUAUUUCGAGACAUUUACUUCAAGGAUAUUAAGUUUGUUCGUUUUACUUUUUUUUUGUAUUUGGUUUGUCACUCUGCCUUAAAAAGGAACAUUUUCAUAAUUGUUUUUUUCUGAUUAAGUUUACUGACAAAAACUCAAGUGUUCAAUAAUACUGUCCAUUUAUGGUCUGAAAUUCAUAAUAAUCAUACACAGAGAGAAAAAGAUUUUAACUCUCAUUGAAAUUAAGUUCAAAUAAAAGAGAGUAAAUAAUCAUAAUAAAUCAUUGGCAUUCCAUAGAUAAGUGGUCUACAAUAAACAACAAAAAAACUAUAGAAAGUUUAAAAUUCUAUUUGAAGAAUUUUGAAAAUCGAUAAUACAAACGUCCAGUGGACGACAAAUAUCCUUGAUAGAAGCUACAAACACAAGAUAUAAAAAGGCAUAGAAAGAGAGAAAAAGAAGAUAAGAAGCUAGUGUCGAGGAGCAAGCAAAAGCAAGAGCAGGAGUGUUGUUAACCAAACGGCAAAAAGUUCAGCACUUAUUGCCAGUUCGUUUUGGGGUUUUUGUUUGUUUUUGUAAGAAAACAUUUUGAAUGGAUCCUUUUGUUGGUUGGUUUCAAGAGGAACAGGAGGGUCCAGCUUUACUCACAUGGUGUAAAAUUUGGGAAACCAAUGCGCAUGAAAUGAGCCAAUUGCUGGAGCAACAGAAUCAACAAUUGCAGCUACAACAAUUACAAGGUGGUGGUAAUAAAUUCAAUAACGGUGCUAAUUUAACUGCUAGAGAUCGUGAUUCCAUACAAUUGCUAUUGCAACAAUUUGGUGGCUUACGCAACAACAAUAACAACAAUCACAACAGCAGCAAUAACAAUAAUAACGGCAACAAUUCCAGCGGCAAUACAUCCAGCAAUAAUUCCCUUGAUUCAACCACUACGACCAAUACAAAUAACGAUUCUCACACACCUGCCAACAACACAACACAGGGCGGAGGGGGCGGCGGCGGCGGCGGCGGAGACGCUACAAACACUACGACGACGACGACUUUGACUGGUAAAAUGCCUUCACACGAACGUCCCAGCUAUUAUAAUCCUUCGCGCAGGAAAAUUGGCCGCAUUGUCGACAACAAGGCCAGUACAUACAACUUCAAUAAACACAUGGACAAAUUGAUUUCGAAAUACAAGGGCUGUCCUUGGCGCGUACCCGAUUUCAAUUACUGUCGCGGCGUUUUAGGUCUUCAUCAAGAAAUUGAGCAAUUCUAUAAUUAUGUACUGCCCACACCCACCGAGCAUGCCAUACGCAACGAGGUGGUACAUCGCAUUGAGGCUGUUGUCCAUUCCAUAUGGCCCUCGGCUUUGGUUGAGAUUUUUGGUUCCUUUCGUACUGGUUUAUUCCUGCCUACCUCAGAUAUUGAUCUAGUGGUAUUAGGUCUUUGGGAUAAAAUGCCCUUGAGAACUUUAGAAACUGAACUGAUUGCCCGUGGCAUAGCUGAACCUCAUUCGGUGCGUGUUCUGGACAAGGCUUCCGUGCCCAUUAUUAAGUUAACUGAUCGCGAGACUCAGGUCAAAGUUGACAUCUCCUUCAACAUGCAGUCCGGUGUCCAGUCGGCCGAGCUUAUUAAGAAAUACAAGCAAGAGUUUCCGUUGCUUGCAAAACUGGUGCUUGUGUUAAAACAGUUUUUACUUCAACGUGAUCUCAAUGAAGUCUUCACUGGUGGCAUUUCUUCCUAUUCAUUGAUACUCAUGUGCAUAAGCUUCCUCCAGCUGCAUCCUCGUCAAAUUCACGCCGAGACUGAUAAUUUGGGUGUUUUACUCUUGGAGUUUUUCGAAUUGUAUGGCCGCAAGUUCAACUACAUGAAAAUUGGCAUUUCCAUAAAGAACGGCGGCCGUUACAUACCCAAAGAAGACUUACAACGUGAUAUGAUCGAUGGUCAUCGGCCGUCACUGCUGUGCAUAGAGGAUCCACUUACGCCCGGCAAUGAUAUCGGUCGCAGUUCGUACGGCGCCCUACAAGUGAAGCAGGCCUUCGAAUACGCCUAUCUAAUGCUGUCACAGGCUGUGAGUCCUCUCAACGAUUGGGCCAACGAUUGUAAUGAGCGUUCGAUAUUGGGACGCAUUAUACGUAUCACAGACGAUGUUAUAGAUUAUCGUGAAUGGAUACGUGAACAUUUUGAGCAUCUUGUCGUCACACGCCAUUCACCCGUCUCGGCGUUAGGUGGCCCCGGUACACCGAACGUGGUGGGGAACACCCCCAAGUAUAUGCAGAUACAAAUAUUGCCUUCCACAAUGCUACCAGCCGGUGCUUUGACCGGCCAACAGCAACAGAUUCAUAUAAUACCACACCUCUAUCAUCACCAGCAGCAGCAACAGCAACAUCAUGUUGCUGCAUUGAAUUCAAUGUGUCAUAGACGUGGUAGCACUUCCUCGGGGGAUGAUUCGGAGGAUAGCAAAGAAUGUGAUGCCGACUCAACGUCACCGACAACAGGGUCUACCACACAUAUUGUGUUGGGCGGCGGUGGUGUUCCAAUGACACAAACAACAUCCGCGAAUAUUCACACAGCUGCCCGGAUGGAUACAUGAUGAAUAGUUGCCGGUUUGGUGCAGCAACAACAACAACAACAGCAGCAACAUCAGCAGCAACAAUUGGUUCAAAUGCAAGUGCAAGCAGCCGGAACACAGUUCCAAAUGCAUGCUGGCAAUAUCAAUGCGCUGAAAUCGUUGCCGUUGCAGCAACAAACCCCGCAGCCUCUAACCACACAACAACAACUACCACCACCACAACAACAAUACACACAACCACAAACACCCACACAAACAAAUAGUUUUAUAUCAUCAUCAACAUCAUCGCCACAACUGUCAUCGUCAAUAAUAACAACAUCAACAACCACACAAACAACAACAGCAACAAUAACAUCACCCUCAACAACAACAAAAUCCACAUCCACACAGUCGCUUAAUGAAAUAAUUAUAACAACAACUACAACAAUUGUUACAUCGUCUUGUAGUACAUACACGACAACAGCAGAAACAUCAGCUGCUGUGGUAUCAACAGCAACCAUUACCACAGCAUUGCCAUCACCAACAGCCGUAACGUCGUCGGACUUUCAAACAGUCUCAUCAACGACAAAGAAAAAUGUUUUAUCGCCCUCACCACCCAGGCAGCAAGCAAUCCAACAACAACAACAGCAGCAACAACAACAGUCAUCUUCAAAUAAAACCCAUUAUUAUCGUCAACAAUUCUAUGUACCACCUCCAAUGCAACAGCAGUAUCAACAAUAUGCCGCCUCUAAUCCAAAUUAUGUUGCCACCUCAAAACCCCGUUAUACAAAUCAACAGCGUUUACAACAGCAGCAACAGGUGCGGCAACAACGUAUGCAACAACAGCAACAGCAUUCGGCCACAUUACCGCGCCAACAUAAUGCCUCCACAAGUACAUCGAGUUUGGGCGGUGGUGGUUCGACAUCAGCGUCAACCACUCAUGGCAUUCUAACAUCCGCAUCCUCAACAAUAUCGAUUAUUUCCAUUUCAUCGGAGUCAUCAGUGGCCUCUAAUGGAUCCGAUUCAUCGUCGAAAUCGGGUUCGGAAUCUGAAUCGCGUCCUUCAAAUUCAGCUUCUUCCUCAUCGGUAUCGGCUUCAAAUAUGAAAGCAGAUCGACCGGCAAAUCGUUCUUAUAAGGACAAUAAUGAGAAGAAGAAAACCAAAAAAGCCACCAAAUCGAAUAAAUGGAAGUAAAGUAUAUUAGUUUUUAUUUUUAACAAACAAAAACAAAGCAAAUUAUAUAUUAAAAAAUAUUUAACAAACAAAAUACCAACCAACAAAACUUAAAGCAUUUAGAAAUUGUAUGAAAUGAAACAGAAAGCAAACAGCAACUAUUUGAGAUAGAAGAAAGAAAACCUUUAAAACAGAAAACAAAACAUCAAUCAAUCUAUAAGUCUUUAUUUUUCUUUCUUUCUCUCUCUCUAUAAAACUCUACUCUUAGUAUGAUAAGCAAUAUGUUAUUAGCUUCACCUAUAACUUAAACAAAACCAAUUAACCAAACAAAAAAAUGAAAAAAACUAAGGUAUACUACACUCCUUACCGCCCCUACCUUUUCCUUAUUCCUACUCAACAUCAUCAUCAACAUUUACUUCAAUUUAAACCUACGCUACAGCUGCAGCAUCUUUAACAUGAUUGUGUAUUAUCAUCAUGAUCAUAAGCAUACAGUUUAAAUUUAAAGGAACCACACUUUCACACACAACAAA